AUGUCCACGGUGACCCCCUCGAGCCUCUACUACCAUGUGGAGUAUAUGCAUGAAAACAUCCGCCACUUCCUUAAUGAGCUACUAUCACCCGCGGCCGAUGGUAGCGGUCUGGACACAACGACUGCAUCCCUGGAGCAAUACCUAUCGGCUACGGUGGAUAACCUUGCGGAUAUAGAAAAACUGGAGGCGUCUUUUGUUCGCAAGGUGACGGAGAUCCUCAUCGCUAGUUACGAAGAUACCCAGGAUAUAGCGCGGGUGCUUGCUGAGACAAUCAGGGAGCAUGAUGAAGCCAGAGCAGCCGCAAAUAAAGGGGGAAUCACAUACAGAUUCCAGGCCUUUGUUGUCUCUGGGUGGACUACGGCGUGGGACUGGGUGAGAGGUACGUCAGGCGUCCAGCUCAGGGCCGCAAAGCGGCUGCACAGCUUUCGCGAACCCCUCCAUGAGACAAUUCGCGUCCAUCACGAACUCUCCAACGUCGUCAAUACCGGCCGUGACAGAGAGGUUCAAGUGGAGGCAGUUCUCUGCAAAAUGAGCAAGGCUUUGCAGGAUGCGGUCGUGUUCGGCGAACACAAGCUGGAGAAGGCGAGGCGACAGCUAGUCAACACGCAUGGUGUGUCGGUGUCCGAUGUCUCGGACAGCCGACGCUCAAAAGUCUAUAUAAUGGGCCACGCAACGCUCAAGAUACGUGCUAUUGAGGCGACUGGAUCCCUCUUGUGCAUCCAGGCCAAAGAAACAGGCAAGGAUUUGAGGUGGAAGUGA